UGUCGCCUUUUGUUUUCGUCUAUGAGAUUCCUACUACUAUUAGUGAUACUGUUUUCGUGGGGACGAUAAUGGCUGAUUUCGAUGCAAUCUACGAGGAAGAAGAGGAACAUGAAGGAACUUUGGAAGAAACAUAUGUCACGUUGGUACCCGAUCCCGUCGUUAUUAGAGGAGCAGGCAACAUGACUGUAUUUGGUCUCAGCAAUAGAUUUGAUGCUGAAUUUCCAAAUGGUUUGGUGUCUCGUGUUGCUCCAGAGGAGUACAAAGCGACAGUGAUGCGCGUGAACAGCGUUCUCAAGAAAACUCUCCCAGUGAAUGUAAAAUGGCUCUUCUGUGGCUGUGUUUGUUGCUGUUGUACGCUUGGCUGCUCCUUGUGGCCUGUUAUAUGUCUCAGCAAAAGGACACAACACUCGAUAGACAAGCUGCUAGAGUGGGAGAACAGUCAUCUGUACCACAAGCUGGGGCUACACUGGCGACUUGCAAAGCAGCGGUGUGAUUCCUCCUCAAUGAUGGAAUACGUCCUCCUCAUCGAGUUUAUACCGAAGAUUCCAAUCUAUAGACCUGACUAAAUACAUGUGAAUGUACUGACUACCACUGCAGCACCUUAUGCAAUGCAAAGUGCACAUCAGUGAAUAUUUUUCUUUUGAUGAUUCAUACACAUAGCACAUAUAGUGAUUGUGAUAUGUUGGUGACAGAUGGACUGGAUACAACACACCUGUCAUGCACUCAGAAAAGAAGGUCACAGUUGAAAGUAUAACCAUACAUAAUGCUACAUUUAGAGCACGCUGCUUCGUGUUGUAAUGUGCAUGCUUAUCUAAAGUAUGACUUGAGUGUGUCUUCUGACUUUGUUAUUAAAACAGUUCUUUAUUUGUAAAACGUGAAGUUUCACAUUUAAGCUAGAAUAUAUUUUGUUGUUGCUUAAAUUUUUAAAGUAAAAGCUUAUAGAAAUGUUUCUCUCAAAAUCUGUUAGAAGCACAAUGAAAUACACUUCUGUUAUUUGACUCUGUAAGUGCUAUGUAGUGAAUGGUUCACAGUGGCAAACUAGAAGAGAUCUGUUCAUUUUAAAGAGGACUGAAAAAAAAUUGAGAUUCGAUGGAUGGCUGUAUUUAAGGAAUGGUCUCUUUCUCCCAAGGUGAUAUUUCUUUCUGUGCUGGGAGAAUAUUUUUUAAGCCACUUUAUGUAGUUUAACAGUUUUCAUUUAGCAGUUGAAAUUAAUUUUAUAGAAUCACAGGGCACUUCAUGCAAGUAAUGUUUAAUUACUGUGCCCUAUGCUUGGAUGUUCAAGACGUGUUUGUUGUUAUAUCAAGUUGCAUCAUUAGCUAUUUUUAAAACUAAUUGUGCUUUUCAUGAAGUUGCUGGUCAUUGUAAAGACUUGGUUCCACUACUAAUCAUAACACUGUGGUUAGUAUUCAGUUCUCAUUGCUUUCAAUGAUGAGUAGACAAACCUGCCAUACAACAUAACUUAUUUAUUAAUUUCAAUAAACUAUCUUUUGGAAUAGGUAGUGAAGUCAGUCACGUACUGUUGCUUAUUGAACAUUCUUCAUGAACAGAAUAUUUUAUACAUUUUAGAACAGAACCCUUUUAUACUAUAUGUAUAAAUAAGUUUAUUCCUUCAUUCUCAGCCUUAUAAACCGCUUGACUGUAGAAUGAGAAACUGGCCUGAGUUCACCUCCUCUCAGAUGCUGCUAUAUGAUCUGAUGGGAUAUUAAAUCCAUUCUUCAAAAAUGACUUCAGCAAAACUACUGUAUUUGCCAGAUAUUAAGAACAGUGAUUAAAAGUGAUAUUCUGCAACCACCAGGCCCAAUCACAUUGAUAUAUGUUUUGUGACAGACACUGAAGUUCAACUUUGAUGGUGUCUAGAGACCAUUCCAUAUUUUAAUCUGUAAAACCUCCAAGGUGCUUGGUUUAUUUCUGAGCUAGUCUGUUUCAAGUUUCACCAGAGAUAAAAAUCACACAUGUUCAGAGGCAUGAAAUGUGUAGAUUGUAGUCAUUUAAUGAUUAUUCAUUCAUUAGCUCAAAUUGAAUUUCUAUGAUAUGUGCUUAAAAUAUGUGGAACUACAAUUCUUAGCAAGAAACCCAUGGUGUUUGAUGCUGUAACUUUCCAAAAAUUGGACAGAAUUGCAAAGAAUAUGAUAAUUGAAUGGUCAUUGAACAAACAUACAGGCAAAGAUUCAUAGAAAUGAAAUGCAUAGUUCUUAUCGUUACAGAAGUAUAUUUGCGUUGAAUGACUUGUGCCCUCAGGUUCCCUGGAUCUAAGCGUGUGAUUUUAUCUUUGUGGAAACUUGACAGAAAUCCUGCAUGACUUGUCCACACAGUUCUGGGAUUUUACAGAUGAGAUAUCCAGAAUGUUAUUCUAGAAAUCACAAAAUGUGAACAUUAACACAUCACAGAAUUUAUUGUAUCAUUAUGAAAUACGGCUGGAUGUUGAAGAACAUCACUUUCAGUAGUUAAUGUUAUACUGGUUACUGUAUAUACUGGCAUAUAAGAUGACCCUGUAAGUUUGAAAAGAGCCCCCUAAAACUAGGGAUCAUCUUAUAUGUCAAGCAUAAAAUGUGAACUCUAGUUCCUUACGUGCUACUUGAUAUGUAACAACUAUGCUUCACAUAACUCCUGUGAUAAUUAUUUAUAAUUGAAACUCAUGUUUGGUAUGCAUAAUUAAUGUAGAGAUUAUAAUCAAAUAAUGUGUGGUGGGAUAGCAUGACCUCAUUUGCCAUAAAUGCGAAGUCAUCAAGACUAACUCGACACCACAUGGCAUUUGUAUCAGCUGAUGCGUGGUAAACAAAUAUCAGAGAUAAGCAACAAUCCAGACAGCUCACAGUGUGGUCAUUAAUAACAUAAAUGAUGAUCUGUGUUUGUCUCACUCUCAGAUCAUCACCCUUUCAUACUAGGUUAAUAUCUGUGAAGGCUAACAGUAUUACCUUAUUACCCAAAAGUGUGAUAUAUCAAAUUCAAUAGAUGGUACAGAGGGUGAUGUGUUUUGGCAAGAUGCGGGAAAAGUUGAAGUCAGCCACACCUUCUGAUUCAUAGUUUCGUCUGUCAGCUGUUGAUGAUCAGGAUUUCUUAGGAUUUUAAUGAAUUUUAUUUUAAAACUGUGUUAGUCAUCUUAAAAAGUUGUCCCUGUACACAGUCCUAAUUAAGCA